AGUUCCUCAAAUAGUGAUUAUUAACCUUAACUGUGUCAUUAGUGGAAGAAACCCUGAAAAUAAAACUUUUACAAUUGAGAUUUCUGAUGAUAAAAAGUUUGAAUUGCUCAAACAUAUGGUAAAAAAAUGCUUGGCACCUUUAUUUGAUUCCAUCUCUUCUACUCAAAUCACCCUUUGUUUAUCUGCUG